AUGGGGAGCGCGCGCGACAACAUCCUUCAGGAGUUGGAGGAUCUGACCUCGGAUGAGUUCAAGAAAUUCAAGCUGAAGCUGCAGUCGGUUCCGGUGCGCGAGGGCUACGGCCGCAUCCCGCGAGGGCAGCUGCAAGGCAUGGACGUCCUGGACCUUACCGACAGGCUCGUCAGCACCUACACGGAGAGCUACGGGGUGGAGCUCACGGUGCAGGUGCUGGAAAACAUGGGCUUGCAGGAGCAGGCGGUGCGGCUGCGGAACACCCAAAGCGCUGGUGAGCGCCCCUCGCCCAGGCCCCCCACUUCCUUUUCUUCCCCUGUGUACUUUGUGGACAGACACCGAACAGCACUGAUAAACCGGGUGACCAACGUGGAUGCCAUACUGGAUGCCCUGUAUGGGAAAGUGCUGAAAGACGAGGAAUACCAGAAAGUGCGGGCAGAGAGCACCAAUGCGAACAAGAUGAGGAAGCUCUUCAGCAUGACACCAUCCUGGAGCCCAAACUGCAAGGAACAAAUGUUCUAUGCCCUCAAGGAAACUCACCCACACCUGGUGGCUGACCUGGAGAGGAGCUGAGGCCCCAGUCCAACACAGGUUCUGCAAACCACUUGUUUUUGGUUUACACCCAAAAGUGCUCAGAGGCUACUCCUAACUCUGCACUAGGGAACCACUCCUGGCAGUACUCAGGGAACCAUAUGGAUACCAAAUA